CCCGUUCACUGAAAAGAUCAGUCAAUGGUGGUAGUUUAAUAAUUUCUGUUAAAACAACUAAAAGAAAGGGUAUGUCCGUCUUUUAAAUUCUUAAGCUCAUUUUUGCUAAAUAAAUGAAGCAAUAAAUUUGAUGUAGAUUCAUCAGAUUUUUGUAUUUAAAUUCAAUUUUGUAAUUGCGAAGUAUAAUAUGUUUGUUUAAUUAUUAGAGAAAGAACAAAAAGAAGCAGAAGCUCUUCAACUUUUUCUAUCGAGAGCUGUGGCUGGAGGAGGAAAAAAAAAAGGAUAGGAAAAAGAAGUUACCAAAAAAAAAAAAAACAACAACCAAAAAACAACAACAAAAAGAACUAUACAAAGUCGCUUUUUUGCAAUCUCUAGGCCGAAGUAUUUAUUGCCUCGAAUGUGGAUAGGUCAUAUUUGUUGUUUUUUUGUACAUCUAAUGUCUAAUCUAGUCCUAAAAAAAUAAUCCUAGUUUUAACUGGUGAAAUCUUUAGGCUUUUUGGGGGAGGCAGUAGGAGGGUAUGGCAUAUUUCUCUAAUUCUAAUAUUUAUAACAUAAACUUAAACUUAAUAAUAGCCUAAUAAUUUGUUUUAGUUCAGGCUUAAGGCUAAGGCUAUUUAAAUUUAAUUUGCAUAAUUUAUGGAAGGCCUACACAAUGCUGAUAAUAGCAAAUGCUGCCCCAGUUCCAUUGUGAUUGUUGAAUUGUUGUAAUUGUAGAUAAAAUUUAAAAAAAGAAAUGUUAGGCCUAUAAAAAAAUUUGUUGUUACAAUACCAGAUUACUGUAACAAAUGACACAACUGACCAACAUAGGAUUAAGAGUUAGAGUUAGAGAGCUCUUAUAAUCAAGCAUUUAGUCUUCUGUUAUUUUUGUUGAUCUAUCUACUUUCUUGUCCUUGAUUGCCUUGAAUCAAAGUUUGAUGUGUUGUUUUUUUUUAACGAAUGUGUCAAAAUCCCAAAAAUUUAAAAGUUAUAAAUAAUCAAUAAUUGUUAUUAUAAAUACUCUUUAAAAAACAAAUAACAAUAUGAUUAUCAAAAAACAUAAGCAUUAUUAUUGUGCACCCUAAAAUCAAUGUAUUUAAAUUUAUGAGAUGGGAGACAAAUACGUUUGAUUAAAUUUGACAAAUGCUGCUCAGCGCGAACUCCCGAGUGUAAAAAAGUCAAAAUACUACAUUGCAGCUAAGUAUUUUUGUUUUUUUUUUAAAUAUUCUUUUUCUCAUUGUUUGUUCGCUGAAGACGGCAUCAUGUCGACAUUUAUGUUGUUUAGUUGAUUCCUUUUUUUCUGAGUGUUCCCUCACUUUGUUUUGCUCAUUUCUUACUUUGGUAGCAGUAGAAAUAUUUAUACUUUUUAUUCAAAUAAAAACAUUUAUUUGAUGGAUAGUGUUCCAUACUACUAAACUGAAGAUGAAGUGGAUUAUUUAAUUUGCUUUUUCAAGUUUUCCCACAAAAAUUUUGUUAAUUUUUUUAUCUUUCAGGUUUUUACUUAGAGCAAGAAUGCAACUAAAUGAAUAUACCACCAUAUAGAUCACUCUACUAAAACAUAGAGGCGGAACAGCCAUGGAGAAGUGUCCACACAUAGACAGUCUGGUUGUGUCUACUGAUGACUCUAUCCUAGACCCCAAAUGCUGGCAGUGUUCCGUUUGUGGAACAACAGAAUGGGUUUGGGUAGGGGAGUUUAUUUAUUCUAUUUAUAGUGUUACAUACUGUUAAAUGGUUUUGAAAAUUUAAUCUGCUAAUUUGGCUCUUAGAAUGAACAAUACGUAACAAAGGACUGACAACCAGUAUACACAUAAAUAUGAUACUAAACAUAUUCAUUUUUAUUAUCCUAUAAAAUUUCUAUGAAAAUACAAAUUCAAAUGCACAGAAACAAAAAACUAGAUCAACUUACAGCACAGCAACUGAAAAGGAACAAUCCUCAAAAAAUACACAUAUUAAUUUACACAUACACACAUUAAGAAUUCAUUCUUGCAAUUAUAUAAUGACUCAUAUAUGUCUAAGGAAAUUUGCAAAAAUCUCUCUUGGCUAGGAAAGCUGCUGGCUUUCAGCACCCUCUGGAAAUCAGAACCCUCUGGUAAAGAAAUUCUAGAAAUUGUGUAACCUGAUACCAUUCUUUAGAAAAAAUUUGAAUGUAAACAACCUUUUCCCAUUCAAGGGAGGGGCGUGUAAAAAGGAGUGACAGCGCUACACAUUUGAUGGUUAUGUCAAUAUCAAAACAAAACAAAGGGCACACAAGUUCUUAAAUUAGGCAUACAUACAGGCCGUAAAAAUAAAUUUAUUAAAAUGGGAAGCAAUAUUACUCCCCCUUUAUUUUAUUUUUUUAAUCUGUGUGCAAAAAAUGAUGAAAAUCAAAAUUAAGGUGUUUUUCGGGACACACAAAAUAUUUCUCUUGUAAAAAUUAAGGUAAAUACGUUUUGUUACAAGAUGAUCCUCAACAUUUAUUUAUGACAGUUUCUUACAUCAUCCCCAUUCUCCACUAUCAUUCAAUAAAUGAAUCAGGAUAUCAUGUUAUCCACUUACGCAUCAAUAUUAUAAGAUGUUAGAUAAGUCAGUUGACAUACACACAGAUCCGAUCACACAUUUUAUACAUGUGUAUGUGUUUAUACAAACAGGGCAAUAAAAAAACCAUGAUAUUCACAUUAAAUGGAAAAUAAAAAUUGUUCAUAUUUUUUGUUCAGGCGUGCCUCAGUUGUUCCAAUAUUGCCUGUGGUCGAAUGAAUGAACAACAUGCAGCUAAGCACUUCGAAUCUACACAGGUAGUAUGCAAUUUAAUGCAUUCAUUUGAUCAUUUGAAUGCUGUACGUGUAUUAAAGCUAGGCAUUAAAUCAGCCUUUUAUUAGCUUAACUUUAUGAUAUGACUUAGUUUUUACUUGUUGGAAUUGUAGUGCCAUUAAGUCUUGCAUGCAUUCACUUAAAACAUUGAGCUAAAACUGUAAUAAGGGGCCAUCCAUCAAUAAUAUCAAACUAUUUUGGCCAAUUUUUUAACCCCCCCACCCCCAUUGUCACAAAUUUGUCACAAAAUUGAAACACCUUCAUCAAUCAACAUAAUCCCCCCCCCCCUUUUCCACCCUCCACCUUAGAUACAUCUUGUCAUUUAUAGGUGGCCCCUUAAAGGGAACUAUUUUCAUGAAUUAAUUUAACUACAUUAUUCUAAGAAGAUAUUUUUAGUUUAUUUUCCCUAACAGAAAUAAUAGACAUGCUUAAAAAUAAAUUAGUAUAGUACAUAGAUGUUCACAAGCAUAUGUAUUAAAAUGUAACAGCCACAUUAAAUUUUUUGUCCAUAUUAUAAAAAUAAGUUUUUUAAAAAUAUUUAUCGUAAAUUCUUUUAUUUCAGCAUCCACUUGCCAUUGAAAUAAAUGAAAAAUAUGUUUACUGGUGAGUGUUGCCUGUGACUUAAAUAUUCAACAUUCAGCAUUUAGAAAUAAUGUCAUACAAUGACUUGAAAUACUGUGGGGCACUGCGGUCCAUUCUUAAUCUGUUUCAGAACCCUUUCCAGUUCCAAAUCAUAAGAGUUCUGAGGCAAUUUUUUUCCAUUUAAAAUAAUAGAAACUAGAUUAAUCCGUUUCCCAGUUCCACAAAUUCUAUUGAUUCUAGUACUUUUCCUGAAGUUCUCAAACCACCCCAUACUGGCUUUAAACUCCUACUUAUGAGCCCUAGAAUCAGGCAUGCCUUUCACUGAAGCAUCAUGGAGGACCUUGGCUUUCUUGCAAAUGUAUGGUCUCAGAAAUCACAUUCAGAUAGUUUUUUAUUAAUCCAAAAUAAGAGCAGUUUUUCCACCUCCUCCAUACUUUUCAGUCACAGAGAGUAGAGGUCAUUGUCUUAACCCCUUUCACAGCUUCUAUAUUUUUCAAACUCGUACAGUUGAUUAGGGCAUCCUGAACAUAGCAUGAUCAGCCACACAUACACUGAUUUCCUGCUUAGCGAUAAGAUCUCUUGUAACUUCCAUUGUAGUUAUAACAGCUGCCCUCUUACUUUCCUCACUCCACUUCUAAGGACCCAUGAUUACUCUAAAUUGUUCUUAUUUUUUUUUAAAGAACACAAAAUGGGAACAAUAACAUAAAAUUACCAACCAAAAACAUCUGAGAUAAUCUCACUAUAGCUUACAUAGAUAACAUGCUGAAUGAAAAAGCAUAUGCAUGGCCGGAAAGCUAGUGAAAUGUAAGCAACAAAAAAAAAUACACAGCUAACAUCCUGGGCAUUUGGAUUCCAAAGCAGUGUUCAGAUUUAGUGUGAAAUUUGCUUGAAAUUUUCAUUCUUCUUCUUUUACUUGAGGGCCCAUGACCACUGUUUUGAUCAUUCUAGCUCCUGGUUUGAAUUCUGAGUUUGCCUUCUCUUAGAUGAGUUGCCGUCCAAGGCUAGGGAGUCCCAUCAAGCCGGGGUGCUUGGGAUGUUGGCUUUGGUGGGGAUGGAACUCCAGACCACCAGCUAUUUGGUUUGAGACAGUUUAGACCGCUCGGCCACCCAGCAAUGCCAAGUUGUUCUCUCUAAGUCAUUCGGAUUCCGAGGCCCACUCUAACAAGAAAACAUGAAAAUAUCAAUUAUUUUAAUUUACAUUUCAUCAAAGAAAAGAAACUCUUGCAGGAUCUGUUAGCUAUUAAUUUGUAUCAUGCUCCUUUCAUUGACUCUCUGUAGGUUACUCUUGCCGUUGAAAAUUGAUAGAAAUAAUCCCAAAUUGUCAUUGCUUGCUCUUGACCAGUUACAUUUGUGAUGAAUACAUUAUUGGUGACAAUGAACAAGGAGACAUUGCAGCCAUCAGGUCGGCUCUGACAGACAUUGGGACAAUGUCCCCAGAAGAAGUCCAUGACAAAGGAGGGAAACUGCUAAAAUCUUAUUCAGACCAGCAAGAGUUCUCCAGGUGAAUAUAACAGUAUGCUCUCUGUUAUGCAUUGCUGUCUUAUCUGUUAUGUGGUACUAUGUUAUCCUAUAUGUACUACUAUCCUAUCUGUUAUGUAGUACCAUCUCAUCUAUCAUGUAGUACUAUUCUAAAAAGAAUGUUGUUUUAUUUUAAUCAUAGCUUUCAUAAUGUUUACUGCACAGUGGGGUGACCCAUUGACAUUGUUCCACACAGUUCUUUUAUUUAUAAAUUACUGACACAAACAUUUAUAUAAACAUCUGUCUUUAUCAUCUGAGGUGGGAAAAGUAUUUUCAUUGAGUCUGAUAAGUAAUGAGUAGCUUCUCCAUGUCACUGGUGAGUUUGCUCAUUUGUCUGUAAUAUGAUGCCACAGUCUAAAUAUAAAUGAAAUCAUGUAAAAAUAAAUGUUUCAGGACCCAAGCUGAUGAUGAUGACAGGCUAGUGACUGCUGUUUGCCACCACAGGUAGUGAUUUUAUACAGUAAACAUUAGGUCUAUUCUGUAAACAUUCUAUACAGUGCAUAUUCUAUCCAGCGCCAUUAUACAUUAUUUUUAUAUGUAUAUAAUUUAGCAAUGAUUGAUCAAAUACUUGAAUAAAUAAACAAAGAGUAUUAAAAGAAACUUUAAUAAUUAAAAAAAACAAAAAACCUCUAUUAAAAAAUCAGAUUGUUAUAUUUUUUGCACAAAUAGUUUGACUAAGUCUAGCACGCCCUGUAAAUGGCUUCACUAAGUCUAGCACUCCCUGUGAAUGGCUUCAUUAAGUCUAGCACUUCCUGUGAAUGGCUUCACUAAGUCUAGCAAUCCCUGUGAAUUGCUUCACUAAGUCUAGCAAUCCCUAUGAACUGAUUCACUAAGUCUAGCACUCCCUAUGAAUUGAUUCACUAAGUCUAGCAAUCCCUAUGAACUGUUUCACUAAGUCUAGCACUCCCUAUGAAUUGCUUCACUAAGUCUAGCACUCCCUAUGAACUGCUUCACUAAGUCUAGCACUUGCUAAGAAUUGCUUCACUAAGUCUAGCACUCCUAAAUGCAUUUUAAAAUUGAAAAAAGCAAAAAAACUUCUAUUUUGUUUUAAAUUGUACAACACUAGACAACACUUGGCUGGGAAUAUAAAUGUGUGCCCUAUGACAUAAAGUAAAAUGUUGAUGAAAACAAACAAAAGCAAUAGAAACAGUUCCAUCAAAAGUCAGUGGCUCCUCUCGGUUCUCAUAAUCACUGCCAACCCCAGGUUGAGAAACCCAGAUUUAAAAAGAAAAUAUUUUUAAUUCAUAUUGACCUUCCAAGAUAAGUUUUAAAAUGUAUGUGUUGUAUGGUUGAUUUGUUUCUCUAGGAAGACCCUGCUUGCCAAGAUUUUCUCAGCCUGGCAAACAUGUAUACAGACAGAAAAAGAGAAAAAGGUAACACUUGUAUAUGAUUUCUUCGGUACAUGCUCAUUGUCUCUAAUAUCUCUAAUACAGCUAUCAGUUUUCUUGCUACUUUAAAAGUUUAUAUCUCCAGGAAUGCUACAUAAAAGUCUGUGAAUGUAAAUUGUAUAUGUGUACAAGUGACCCAAUGAAUUCAAUGAAAGUAAAUGGUACAAGUGACCCAUUAUUUCUUUGAAUGUAAAUUGUAUAAGUGUACAAGUGACCCAUUAAUUCUUUGAAUGUAAAUUGUAUAAGUGUACAAGUGCGCUAAUUCUCUUAAUGUAAAUAGUAUAAGUGUACAAGUGACCCAACUAAUUCUUUGAAUGUAAAUGGCAUAAGUGUACAAGUGAUCUAACUAUUUCUUUGAAUGUAAAUGGUAUAAGUGUUCAAGUGACCCAACUAAUUCUUUGAAUGUAAAUGGCAUAAGUGUACAAGUGAUCUAACUAAUUCUUUGAAUGUAAAUGGUAUAAGUGUUCAAGUGACCCAACUCAUUCUUUGAAUGUAAAUGGUAUAAGUGUACAAGUGACCCAACUCAUUCUUUGAAUGUAAAUGGCAUAAGUGUACAAGUGACCCAACUAAUUCUUUGAAUGUAAAUGGCAUAAGUGUACAAGUGACCCAACUAAUUCUCUAUUGAUGUCUCUAGCAAGCCCCAGCCACCACAUCCACCUCAGGUCAACCCAUGAUGCUCACAAGGUCAAGGGCAAGCUUGUUCCACAUGAAGAGGAGAACCAUCAUUCCAGGUGUGACAGGGCUCCGUAACCUUGGCAACACAUGCUACAUCAAUUCCAUUCUACAAUCUCUGGGGUAAGACUUGCUGAUAUUCAGAUCAGUUUGGAUAUCUCUGUCUUUGUCCUUGCCACUUCAAUUUUCCUAGCAAAACAACUGCAGUGGUGAACAGAUUUUUAUAGUACUCACACUUUUGUCAAUAAUUACAAAAUGGUUUAUGGGUUUAUAUUCUUUCUUUGAUUCAUAUCUCACUGGCUGUUGAUUGGCUCACACAACAAACCAUACAAGGGAAGACAAAUUCAACUGAUGCUGACCUCGGUAGCGGUGGGCUUGGAAUAGCAAAUGUCUAUCGUAGAGUUUACAGGUUGCAGGUUUGGUUCUAAACAUGCAGAUGUACAUUUAAGGAUGACAGCCAUGUUGCCAGCCUCUAAUACAGAUGCCUUUCUUUUUGACAGCCAUGUUGCCAGCCUCUAAUACAGAUGCCAUUCUUUUUGACAGCCAUGUUGCCAGCAUCUAAUACAGAUGCAAUUCUUUUCUUUGUGCAGGCACCUGGAGGACUUCAGGGAAUAUUUUUGCCAGCUGGUAUUUGGUCUGUUUUCCCCAAGUGGCACCCCGCUCCCUGGUUCAUCCCCUUCGAACCUUUCACCUCUGGCAGCCAGAAAUCUCCUCAGACUCAACACAAUUGAUUACUUCCAGGUAGGUGUGGCAUUAAAGUGUGGCACAGAAACUAGAUCUUGCUUAGCACAGACUUUAAGGGAUCAUCAUUUAAUGGUCUGUUUAUUAUGGUCUCUUGUCAAGGCAUUCUUCAUUUUGUGGACUGUGUACCUAACCUGAGCCAUUUCAUCACAUUUGUUCACCUUUCAAGUUAUCAAACCCAUCUUUUUUUUUUCCUGUUGAUUUGCUCUUGCUAGCAUUUGAACUACCAGCCAUCCUCGGAGCUAUUCACCCAUCCCACCAUUCCACCUGUACCGACAAUAAAACCUGUGAAGCCAAGCGGCGGUUUAAAUGGUGGGGGGAGUGGGGAAAACACGGAGGGAAUGGAAGAAAUGAGUUCAGAUCCUGUCAUCAAGGCCAAGGCAGAUACACUGAAAACCUUGUGAGUACCAGAAUGGAUGAUACCUAAGUAUGUCUGAUGUAAUGGCAGAUUUUUUGAGGGCAUGUGCUAGCUUUCAUUCUUAAUUUUGUUUCUUAAAAUUAGUUCUAAGAAGUAAAUUGAUAAAUAAUAGACGAGCGAAAAAAAUGGAACAUCCUAAAUAAUUUUAAAAUAUUUUCUUUGAAAAUUUACACUAAAAUCUCUGAGUUAUGAAUGCCAUUGCCAAAGUUGACUAUUUGUAAUGUGUGCUAUCCUCAUCACAAUAACACAAUUUCUCCAUUUGGCUAUUUGUCAUGUGUGCCCUCCUCAUCACAAUAACAUAAUGUGUUCAUUUGUUGCAGGUCUCUGUGUCAGGAAAUGCAUGGCUUGCUCCGAGUCUUGUGGUCGGGGAAGUGGGCACAGGUCAGCCCCCAUGGAUUCCUCCACGCCAUAUGGAAGUACAUCCCUGUAUUCAAAGGUCACCUUCAGCAUGAUGCCCAGGAAUUUUUAUGGUAAUUCAAUUCAGUUCUUUGUUUUUAUGGUAGCAUCAAAGCAUGGUGUUAUAAUGGUAAUCUGGAUUUAGGCAUGGUGUUUUUCUAGCUGUCUGGCUGAUAGUUAUAAAUGAAUCAGUCAUUAAUAAAUUUGGCCUUAUCUUUCAUACUUUAUGAUGAAAUAAUUUCAAUUACCUGUUCUUUUAUUCUUUCAUCUUGUUAUGACCUUGUUUAUAAUUCUGUAUAACUAGCAAUAGCCCGCCAAACAAUGGUGUGCACAAAGUUACUUGGCAAAACAUGAAUUCAAGUAAUGCACUUUGAUAGUGAUAUCCCCACCCCGGUACGCCCUGGCCCUUGAACUAUAAUAAUGUUCUAAUUUCCCACUCCUUUUUUACAUCACAGAUUUAUUACACCAAUACCUAUAGCCAGCCAAACAAUAGCAAUGGCAGUGCUUUAACUUCCCAUCUACUAAAUUUACUUAAAAAGCAAUGGAUUCAAGUAAAACACUUUAUAAGAAUCCAAAUUAGUUGACCCCCCCCCCCCUAACCGCACCACCACCGUUCGCAACUGCAUAUACUUUUUCCAUGCCCCUGAACUAUAUUAAUAACACCAUAUUUAAAUUGAUACUAGUAUUUGUAUACAAAAGAAAUUGUUUUAAGAAUUUCAUCUAGGGCAGUUAUUGAGAAAUUUUAGUGAAAUUUAGUGGUAGCGUUAGUGACAUUGGAACAUAGAGAAUUGUGUAUUUUGAUUCUCCGCUGUGUGCCAGUACUAUGAAGAAUGAAAAGAAGUGAAGUUUAAAUAAUGUUUUAUCUCUCUAACGUCCCAAGUGAACUCUUGGAUAAAGUGUCCCAGGAAAUUGAAAACCUGCCUCAGUGUAAAGGAACAGAGAACAUUGUUGACCAGAGCUUUAGGGGGGAGAUCAUUAGCCAGGUCAGUAUGUCAAGCCCUGCAUCUGGCAGGUCAAAUUUUGGCCAAAAAACAUAUCAGGUUGUAUGGUUUCUUUAUAAAAUAUAUGGGCUUCUUUAUAUCAGCUUUUAUAAAACAUGUUAUUUCAUAUAUAAAAUAUAUCUUAAACAUAAGACAAAGUCCUAUAUAGCAUCUGUAGUUUUAUACUUUGCAGCUUCUCAUCAUCAAUAGUUUGUCUAAUUCUACUUCUGUCUUGAGCAAAUGUAAUGUAACUAGUCAAUGAUCAAAGUAUUUGUAAACAAAUUCUGUCACUUAUCUGUCUACAGCUGGACACCUUGUAAUUUAUUUGUAAUGUCUUCAAUAAAUCUUUUUUUUUUUUGCUUUUGCCCACUCUGCACCUGUUGGCCAGCUAGGACUGUGAUUGAAACUUCUUCCUAUGUCUGCUUCUCUUAAGUGAUUCAGACUUGUUACCAUGCCCUACCAUGUCUAUCUAAUGUUGACUUUGCCCACUUCCCAGGUUACAUGCAUGGCUUGCAGUAAUAUCUCAUCUAGACAUGAACCUUUCCUUGACCUGUCCCUGGAAUUCCCCAGGUGUUUCCAGUACACCAGCAGCCAGGUCAAGCGCAACAUGUGCCACGUCACAGGUAAAGUGGGACACUAUUUCAUUAACAAUGUAACAUGUCAUUGAGUCAGUAAGAAGACUUGAAUUGUAGAGUCUGUGAUGUAGCAAUGUCUAUUUAACACAUGACCCACUGCUUUUUUGAUCAAAGUAAUGUUUAUAAAAGGCCAUACUAAAAAUAGUGCUACUUAUAUAAACAAGUGUCUUGCUAACAAUAUUGUACUCUAAUUCCUUUACAAAUUUGACUUUUCUGUAGAGAAAUUAUUUAAGUAUAACAAAGGCAAUGGUAAAUGUUUUUGUCUUUUCUUUCCUUAGAAAUGCUGUCAACAUUCACUGAUGUAGAGGAACUGGAACCUUUAUCAUACAUAUGUGAAAAAUGCAAUGGUAUUUCUCAUAUCUUAUAUCAAAUUAGUAAAUCCUGUUGUAUGAUAUAUGUAUGUAUAUAAAUAUAUAUAAUGUACAUUUUGUUUCAAAAAUAAAGUCGUCGUCCCCCCCCCCUCCCCCUCCCCCACACUUUAGUACAAUCUGUGUGUGUGGUUAUCAACUUACGCCUAACAACAGCUUAUAUGUCUUUAUUUUAUGAGGAUAGCUGUUUGUUAACUGCUCAUAUGAGGUAUUAGUAUUAUCACUUUGGUAUGUUUCCCAAUUAAUUUUUAAAAAUACAUAUUUUCGCUGGAUUUAUCUAAUUGUAUCAAUCAUUCAUAUUUUUCAUUGAAUAAAAAUGUACCAUUAUAUAUGUGAGAUGUGGGAAGUUUUUGUAUUGGAUAAAAAUUGUUGGUGCCUAAUGCAACAAGACAUGUUUUUGUUGGAUGGUGUUGCUGUGUGUUUUAAUGCCAAGCCAAAUUUGGAAAUUUCAGGCAGACGCAGGAGAACAAGCAGACAGCCUGAGAUCAGGACAAAUGCCAAGAAGCAGCUGUUGAUCAGCAGAUCUCCAGAAAUUCUCAGAUUGCAUCUGAAGCGGUUUAGGUAAAGACACUUUAAAUUUGUAUAAUUAUUUGUGUGUUAAAACAGUGAGGUGAAAGACACCGAAAUGAAUAUGGCAUUAUUUGUCUUUAAAUUUAGUUCUACCAAAGUCUUAAUUGGUUAAUUGGUACUUUCAGUCAGUUUUUUCCCCCUCUCUCUUGAGAUGAAUUGAUCGGUUUUUGAAACCAAAUCAACAGUUCUCUGUGUUAACUUUACACUGUAAUAUAGGUGCAAUAUUGUGUUGCCAUUUUGCCAGUUCCUCCUGUCAUGUUUUAAAUAACUACGCUAAAACCAGAAAUACAGGACAAAUAUAUGGGAUGAGGGCCAAAACCAGAUAUAAGGGAUAUUUAAAUGGGACAACAAAGGGAAAAAGUAGGUAUGCAUGACAUAUAAAUGGGAUAAUUAAGGAUAACCAGUCACAUAGAUAUCUAUUUGACUACUUGAGAAAACCAGGUUUAAAAUACAAGGGAAAUGGUGUCACUAGGCGGGUAUGUUUUGCAUCAUAUCUCUGUGCUCCAGGUGGUGUGGCCGAAAUCACAGGGAAAAGAUUGGAACCCAUGUAGUCUUUGAUGAGGAGCUUGACAUCUCUCCAUUCUGCCAGACCACACCCACCAUGGCUAAAUAUAAACUCAAUGCAGUGGUGGUCCACCACGGAGCGGGCUUCAGGUCGGGCCACUACACUGCUUACACUUACAACACUUACGCAGGUCAGUCAACGAGUCUCUGUGCAUUGCCUUUGACUGUCUUUUCUGUAAUCUUUCACUGUCUUAUAUGCCAUCUUUGUUUGUCUUUGCCCAAUGGCUGUCUCUGGGUUGCUCUUUUACUUAUAAGUUUUAGUAAAUUUAUAUCGGUUCCACCUUGCCAUGUGAAUUGUCCACCUUUCAAUCCACCAGAAUCUUGGCUUCACUGUAAUGACUCCAGAGUUCAGCUUGUACCACUUGGUGAUGUCCUGACCUCCCAGGCUUACAUCCUAUUCUACACACGGGAAUUGACCACAGUUAACCUAGACGACAUGCCGUCCCUGGUGGGCAUGAGUGGAGAGCCUGAUACAUUGUCUACAGUAAGUGAUGGGUGCUAAGUAAUGUUAGUAGUUAUUUAACUUUAAUUUCCUUUUAGUUUUGAUUUCAAAAGGCAAAGAGCUCUAGACAUUGUGUUUAUCUUCUUUAUUCAAGCACUGCAUGUAUUGUUCAUUUGCCAAGAUUAUUAUGUAGUGUUACUUGGUUUAUACUAGAAUGAAUGUUUUUAAAAAUGCCUUACUUUCUGAUAUAUACUUUUAUAUUAUCCUAGAAAAUGUGCUUCUUUUCUUCAGGAUCCAAUAGUUGUAUCACAUUACUUGACCACCUUUAUCUGACAAUAUGUUAUGUUUACAUCAUCAGUUAUCCACCAUACCUGAGCUGGACAAUGAUACCAUGCAGACCCUACGGCAGUUGACGCCAGGCAACACUGAGCAGAUCAUAGAUGAUGAAGUGUCCAUCAGCUUUCACCGUGACCCAGUUCUAGUUAAACGCCUGUCCACAGCAUCAGGUGAACAGGGUGUCAAGAGGACAGCAUCUUUACCCACCAGUGAGGAAUCUCCACCACGGAAAAGUGCCAGGCACAAGGGCCAUUCUGUAUAGCAUUAACCUCAGAGGUAAAAUAAAGUGGAUGUUUUGGUGCCAGGAGUAAGCCUCCGUUUUGCAGUCAUAUCAUAUUCUACAUCAGUGGUUACCAAAGUGAGAGGUAGUGCCCCUAUGGUUGGGGUCAUGCCGCAACAACAAUUUAGAAGGAUACACCAAAUAAUGAGUUAAUACGGGGUGAAGUACAUUAAAAUGGUAAUAAUCAUUUUAAAAUUGUCAUACUGGUGAAUGUGGCCCAGCCUGAACAUGGUAAAUAAAUUCUUCAUUAUGUUUUUAAUAUAUUUUGUAUUACUUAAUAUUAUAGUUAUUGAAGUAAAUUUAGUAAAAUAUUAAAAAAUAUUUUGUAAUUCCUGCCCAACCUACUUAAAUUUAAAAAUAAUGUAUGUAAUUUUUA